GUGUCUGCCUGCUCUCCACCGGACCGCUCUCUCCCGCACUCCUGCACUUCCUCGCUGCGUGACUCUCCCGCCAUCUCCAUGAGCCGCCAAUUUACCUACAAGUCCGGGGUGCCCGGCAAGGGGGGAUUCAGCGGCUGCUCGGCCGUGCUACCCGGGGGAAGGGGCGCCAGCUCGGGCUCGUACCGGGCCGGGCCCAAGGCUGCGGGGGCAGCGGGGGUCGUGGGCGGCUUCGGCAGCCGGAGCCUGUACAGCCUGGGCGGGACCCGCAGCAUCUCGCUCAACGUGGCCGGUGGCGGCGGGGCCCGCAACUCGGGCUACGGGUUCGGUGCGGGGGCUGGGGGCUACGGGCCCGGCCGGGUCCGGGCCAGCGGCUUCGCGGGCAGCAUGUUCGGCAGCGUGGCCCUGGGGCCCGCCUGCCCCUCCUCCUGCCCCCCCGGGGGCAUCCACCAAGUGACCGUCAACCAGAGCCUCCUGCAGCCGCUGGACGUCAAGGUCGACCCCGAGAUCCAGAAGGUGCGGACUCAGGAGCGCGAGCAGAUCAAGGUCCUCAACAACAAGUUCGCCUCCUUCAUCGACAAGGUGCGGUUCCUGGAGCAGCAAAACCAGGUGCUGGAGACUAAGUGGGACCUGCUGCAGCAGCUCGAUCUGAGUAACUGCAAGAAUAACCUGGAGCCCAUCUUCGAGGGGUACAUCAGCAACCUGCGCCGGCAGGUGGAGGGUCUGAACGGCGACCGCGUGCGGCUGGAUUCGGAGCUCCGCAGCAUGCGGGAUCUGGUGGAGGACUUCAAGAAGAGGUACGAGGAGGAGAUCAACAAGCGCACCGCCGCGGAGAACGAAUUCGUGGUGCUCAAGAAGGAUGUGGACGCCGCCUACACCAACAAAGUAGAGCUACAGGCCAAGGUGGAUUCGUUGGACGGCGAGAUCAAGUUCCUUAAGUGCCUGUACGAAGGGGAGAUCGCCCAGAUCCAGUCCCACAUCAGUGAUACGUCGGUCAUCCUGUCCAUGGACAACAACCGCGACCUGGACCUCGACAGCAUCAUUGACGAAGUGCGCGUGCAGUACGAGGACAUCGCGCUCAAGAGCAAGGCCGAGGCUGAGGCCCUGUACCAGACCAAGUUUCAGGAGCUUCAGCUGGCGGCUGGCCGUCACGGGGACGACUUGAAACACACCAAGAACGAGAUCUCGGAGCUGAGCCGGCUCAUCCAGCGGAUCCGCUUGGAGAUCGAGAACGCCAAGAAGCAGUGUGCCAACCUGGAGACGGCUAUCGCUGACGCGGAGCAGCGCGGAGACUGUGCUCUGAAAGAUGCCCGGGCCAAGAUGGACGAGUUGGAGGGCGCCCUGCAUAGCGCCAAGGAAGAGCUGGCCCGGCUGUUGCGCGAUUACCAGGAGCUGAUGAGCGUCAAACUGGCGCUGGACAUUGAGAUUGCCACUUACCGGAAACUGCUGGAGGGCGAGGAGUGCAGGAUGUCUGGGGAAUAUUCGAAUUCCGUGAGCAUCUCCGUGAUCAGCAGCUCCACGGCAACAAGCGCCGGCGGCUUCGGCCUCAGCAGCGCCAGCGCCUACGGCUACCGGCCCGGGUCGGCGGGAGGAGGCUUCGGGGGCUGCGUCACAGGUGGGGGGUCCUGCACCCCCCGGGGAGAUGUGAGGACCAGCAAGGGCAGCGCAGGCGAGUUCAAGGACACCCUGACGAAGGCCCCGGCGCUCAGCUCGCCCACGAAGAAAACCACGAGAUAGAAGCUUCUCCGGUGACCCAUCCCCUCUCUUCUCCCCCGCAUCCGGUCAGGAGCUGCAGCUCCCCUACUAGCUCCCUCUUUGCUUGUGGGCAAACCCCCUGCGUCUUGCACCCCGUUUUGUCAGUCUCUCCCAGGGUGGGACCCGGCCCGGGCACCUGGACCUUCGGCAUUGAUCCAGCUUCCGUGGACUGCCCCUUUAGCGAUAUCACGCAAGAACUCGCCAAUCCUAGGGAGGCGAGAAGCGGGGAGGAAAAUAGUCCA